UCCUCGUGUCAGUGCACAGUCUGUGUGUGGUACAGCGCGCGGCGGAGCAACUGGGUAUACCCAACGGCAAGCUAGUGGUAUAUUUCACAACGGCCGACAUUUAUUAAAAAACGGUUGUUCGCCAAAAAAUAGUCUUUGGACUUACUUGAAGAUUCGUGUACUACUACUGGAUCUAACAUAGGCUUUCUCUGAAGUUGCCUGCCGCCAACAACUCGUCCCAUUCGAGGGGUUUCCAACGUCCGACCGACCGGAGAGACGCUCUCCGCCUCGGGAUCACCGGGGUUUUAAAGGACUCUCAAGGCGUGUAUGAAAAAUAAAAUUUGGCCACGGACCUUUUCCGCCCGUCUCAGUCCGUGGUGACCGUCACACAGGACAAGGAUAUUAAGCUUUGUGUCUGGAUACUAUUUUUAUUUUUUUUUACCUGUGCAGCAGAGAGGGGAGGAAUCAGUCAAGACAAAGGUACAAAGGAAAGACCGACGGGGUGAUACAUCCAGUGCAAGGGUGCAAAGAGUGUGCGCCUCGCAGCCGAGAACGGGGCUUUGUCCGCCGCCAUCCUGCGUGUACAAGGGAGGGGGUGGCGGUGAUUUACCGCACCUUCACUGGGAUUACGGAAAGAGAGAAAACGCACCGAAUUCCCCUGUGUAAAGGACGCGACAUGUAUCCACAAGGCCGGCAUCCGGCACCUCACCAACCAGGGCAGCCUGGCUUCAAGUUCACUGUGGCAGAGUCCUGCGACAGGAUCAAAGACGAAUUUCAGUUCCUGCAGGCCCAGUACCACAGUCUUAAAGUGGAGUACGAUAAGCUGGCCAAUGAAAAGACCGAAAUGCAGCGUCACUACGUCAUGUACUAUGAAAUGUCCUAUGGGCUCAACAUUGAGAUGCACAAACAGACUGAGAUUGCCAAACGUCUCAAUGCAAUUCUGGCUCAGAUCAUGCCGUUCUUGUCACAAGAGCAUCAACAGCAGGUGGCUCAGGCUGUUGAGCGAGCCAAGCAGGUGACGAUGACUGAGCUAAAUGCUAUCAUCGGGGUACGUGGACUUCCCAAUCUGCCUCUCACUCAGCAGCAGCCGCCUCAUAGUGUCUACCCAGCAUUCAUGCAGCAGCAGCUUCAGGCUCAGCACCUCUCUCAUGCGGCCCAUGGCCCCCCAGUCCAGCUGCCUCCACACCCCUCAGGCCUGCAGCCGCCUGGCAUCCCCCCUGUGACGGGCGCUGGCUCCGGCCUCCUGGCUCUGGGUGCUCUUGGCAGCCAGGCCCACCUGCCUGUAAAGGAUGAGAAGAACCACCAUGACCUGGAGCAUAGAGGACCCUCAUCUUUUCACUCGCCUCUGGCCAUUCCUCUGAAAGAACGCGAGUCGAGCACGAAUAACUCAGUGUCGCCAUCAGACAGCCUGCGGGCAGCGAGUGAGAAGCACCGCAGCUCCUCAGAUUACGGUCUCGACUCCAAGAAACGCAAAGUGGAUGACAAAGACAGCAUGAGCAGAUAUGACAGUGACGGAGACAAAAGCGACGACUUGGUGGUGGAUGUUUCCAAUGAGGAUCCGGCUACCCCUCGAGUCAGCCCCGCUCACUCUCCUCCAGAAAACGGCCUGGAUAAAUCUCGAGUCCUGAAGAAGGAUGCUGCCCCGAACAGCCCCGCCUCUGUCGCCUCGUCGGGCAGCACGCCGUCCUCCAAAGCAAAGGACCACGCCCAUAAUGACAAGUCGUCCACACCGAGCCUGAAGUCCAACACACCUACACCAAGAAAUGAGGCCCCAACACCAGGAACCAGCACCACUCCAGGACUGCGGCCUCUUACAAUGGGCAAACCACCCGGCAUGGAGGCUUUAGCCGCCCCUGCACUGCGUACACCUCUGACCAUUGCGGGUUCCUAUGCCAGCCCGUUUCCUAUGAUGGGUCAUCAUGAGAUGAACGGAUCCCUGACCAGCCCAGGCAUCUAUCCCGGUCUCAUUUCACCACAGAUGAGUGCUGCAGCUGCUGCCGCCUAUGGACGCUCACCAAUUGCAGGGUUUGACCCUCAUCCUCACAUGAGAGCUCCAGGCCUGCCAGCCAGCCUCACAUCCAUUUCUGGAGGAAAGCCAGCUUAUUCUUUUCACGUGAGUGCAGAUGGUCAGAUGCAGCCCGUGCCCUUCCCUCCAGAUGCACUGAUUGGACCGGGCAUCCCGCGCCAUGCGCGCCAGAUCAACACACUGAGCCACGGGGAGGUGGUGUGUGCUGUCACCAUCAGCAACCCCACACGUCACGUCUACACCGGCGGCAAGGGUUGUGUCAAGAUCUGGGACAUCAGCCAACCAGGCAGCAAGAGCCCAGUGUCCCAACUCGACUGCCUGAACAGGGACAAUUACAUCCGCUCCUGCAAGCUGUUGCCUGACGGCCGCACCCUCAUAGUGGGUGGCGAGGCCAGCACGCUGACCAUCUGGGACCUGGCCUCACAGACUCCCCGCAUAAAGGCCGAGCUCACUUCCUCUGCUCCAGCCUGCUACGCACUGGCCAUAAGCCCCGAUGCCAAGGUCUGCUUCUCCUGCUGCUCAGAUGGAAACAUCGCUGUGUGGGACCUCCAUAACCAGACCCUUGUUAGGCAGUUCCAGGGCCACACAGAUGGAGCCAGCUGUAUCGACAUCUCUCACGACGGAACCAAACUGUGGACCGGUGGGCUCGACAACACUGUCCGCUCAUGGGAUUUGAGGGAGGGGCGGCAGCUCCAGCAACACGACUUUACCUCACAGAUCUUCUCGCUGGGCUACUGUCCCACCGGAGAAUGGCUGGCUGUGGGCAUGGAGAGCAGCAACGUGGAGGUGCUUCACCAUACCAAGCCUGACAAGUACCAGCUGCACCUGCACGAGAGCUGUGUCCUCUCACUCAAGUUCGCCUACUGUGGGAAAUGGUUUGUGAGCACAGGGAAGGACAAUCUGCUGAAUGCAUGGAGGACACCUUAUGGUGCCAGCAUAUUCCAGUCGAAGGAGUCGUCCUCCGUCCUGAGCUGUGACAUCUCAGCAGAUGACAAAUACAUUGUGACAGGAUCUGGUGACAAGAAGGCCACCGUCUACGAGGUCAUCUACUAGACAGAAAAGGAGGCUCCUGUUCUGCUUCAGCACUUACAAUGAGAUGACUUUUUCUUCCCCCGACCAUAUGUGGACUACAACGUGCUGAGACAAAUUUACUGGAGCUGUUGGCUUAAGUAUGCUUGUGCUGGAAAGAAGUUACUUUCACUUUUUGGGUUACUUUUUGGUUUUCAUUGAGAAUAUUUGGGUGUAACCCGAUGAAGCGGCGCUUCAUUCUGAGAAACACGUCCCCAAGACGUCUUGUGAAAAGUGUACAUAUCGGAUUAAAUAAAAGACCUUUUAUAUAUAUUAUAAAAAUAUAUAUUUUCAUGUCCUGGGUGUACUUGUGAUGAUUUUUUUGGCACAUUAUCUUAUGCCAAGAUAUUUGAGUGGGAGAGAAAGAACAUAGAUUAGACCUUUUUAACAAUUUUACUUUCUGAUUUUCUUAAAGCACAUUCUCCAGGCUGACCUUUUCAGAAAUCAAACAGAGGUGCAUGAAAAUUGUAAGUAGGACAUUUUGUGGAGAUUUUAAAAUGGCCUUUUGUCACAGUGCUCUUACCGGACAAUGAAAACGUGAAGUCCUCUGACUCGGGCAAAGCCUCGGCUGGUUUUGGACGCUGUGAUUCAGGAAAAGAGAUGGAUGUAAAUUUAAUUCAAAUAUAAAAAGACUUUUUUUAAAUUGUACAUCUCUGUCUGUGCUAUCUUUCUCCAUGUUUGUUUUACCUUGUUAGAUUAUGGGAGAAUGUUUAAUGUUUAGCCUAACCCUUGGACCUCAGUUGGCAGCAGACACAAACUGGAUGACAAUGUGCUUUUUGCUAACUUGACGUAAUAUGGAUGUUGAAUUUCACCAUUGAUUUCUUGGCUGCAGACUAAACUCAAACAGUCCAAUCUGCGCUAUUGGACUCCUUCUGCCCUUUCUAUCUUAUCAAUAUUCCUGGAAUAUGUUUGGUCGGCCGUGAUGGAGAGACAUGUAAAUGCUCGUGAAGAAGGACAGAAGGGCAACUGAUGUACACAAAUUAGAAAAUCAAGCGUCUCCCAUGAUGAUGCCAAGACAACAGUGAAUAAUUCUGGUUUGUACACUGUGCUCCAGAUCCUGUCAGCAUUUUCCACAAUAAAAAGGGGCAAAAUGUGCCAGUCCCUCUGAAUCACACCAAAGUAUGUAGCAAAUGCUGUCAGCACUGAAAAGAAAUGUACAGUUGUUAAUAAAUCAAUAAAACAGU